AUCCCGGCCCGGGGGGGCCGCCGUGAGUUCCCCACGCGUGUCGUGACAGCGCCGUCAUGAGCGGGUCCUUCGCCCCGGCCCCCGCGGCUUGGAAACUCCUGCUGCUCUGCCUCGCAGCCUCCGGGUCCCUGGCGGGGGUGCUGGAGAUGGAGCGCAGCGUCACCGCGGUGCUGGGCAAGGAUGUGGUGCUGCCGUGCCGCUAUCGGGCGCAGGAGGGUGAGAAGGUGGUGCAGGUGACGUGGCUGAAGCAGGGCACCGACGGGCAGAACGUGGAGAUCGCGGUGCUGAACUCGGAGUACGGGGAGCACGUCCAGGAGCCCUACGCGGGGCGGGUGCUGCGGCGGGUGCCGGGGCCGCUGGAGGACGGUGCCAUUGUUCUGAAGAACGCCGUGCAGGCCGACGAGGGCGCCUACGAAUGCCGCCUCAUCACCUUCCCCUCGGGCAACUUCCAGGGCAGCAUGACGCUCAGCGUGCUGGUGCCCCCGCUGCCGACCCUGAACCCCGGCCCCCCGCUGGAGGAAGGGCAGGGGAGGACACUGGCCGCCUCCUGCACGGCCGAGGGCAACCCCAUGCCCACCGUGACCUGGGAGACGCAGGUGCGCGGCACCAACAGCACCCGCCAGUCCUUGCACCCUCGCUCGGCCUCCGUCACCAGCGAGUUCUUCCUGGUGCCCGGGCGCAGCAUGAACGGCAAGACGCUCACCUGCGUCGUCAGCCACCCGGGGCUGCCGCACGAGAAGAGGAUCACCCACGUGCUGAGUGUCGCCUAUCUCUCGGACGCCUCAGUGCGAGGGCACGAGGAGGAGGAGGACUGGCAGGCGGGCAAGGAGGGCGUCUCGCUGAAGUGCCUUGGCGAGGGCAACCCCCCACCCACCUACAACUGGACCCGGCUCAACGGCCCCAUGCCCGAAGGAGUGAAGGUCAAGGGGGCCACCCUCCUCUUCCAGAGACCCCUCACCCCCGACGACACGGGCGUCUACAUCUGCCAGGUCGCCAACAGGUUUGCGGCCAAGGAAGUUCGGGCCAGCAUCAGCAUAAAAGCAGAGAGUGAGCUGCAGAAGGUGAACGUGGUCUCGGCCUCGGUGGUGGUGGUGGGCGUCAUCGCGGCCGUGCUGCUCUGCCUGCUGGUCCUGGUCGUCGUGUUCAUGACGCUCUACCACCGACGGAAAACCAGGCGCAUCUCCGAGAAAUACGAGGAGGAGCUGACGCUAACGAGGGAGAAUUCCAUCCGGCGCCUGUACUCCAGCCACAGCGCCAGCACCCGGAACCAGACAGAGGAAACCCUGCACCUGCGGGGGGACAGCCGGCAGGGAAGCCUGCGGGGGGACAGCCUGCGCGGCACCAGCAUCUGCUCCGUCCUGAGCGAGGAGGCAGAAGGGCGCAGCUACUCCACCCUGUCGACGGUGCGGGAGAUUGAGACGCAGACGGAGCAGCCCCCGGCCCCAGCGCCCGCCCCGGAGGAGGAGAAGGAGGAGAAGGAGAAAGAGAGGGAGGAGGAAGAGGAGGAGGAGCGGGAGGAGAACACCAUCAAGGCGGCCAUGACCCACUUCGUGCAGGAGAACGGCACCCUGCGGGCCAAGCCCACCACCAACGGCAUCUACAUCAACGGGCGGGGCCACCUGGUGUGAGCCCGGGGCCACAGGCACAGACUGGCCUGGUGCCGCGCAGGGCCGGGCCCUGGACACGUGGAUGCCCCCGGCAGCCUGCCAGCCCCUCCCGCUGGGACUGACCCACUGAGCCCUUGUACAGACAGCCUGUCCCGGCUCUGGAUUUCUGGGGAGGGCGGAUCAGGUUCACUGUGGGGCAAAAGGGCCCCUGGCCAAUGGGGGGUCUCCUGCCCCCCACAUUGGUCCUUGCUUCAUGCAACAGCCUCCUAGCUUCUCUGCAUGGGAUGUUUCCUGGCUGGCCCCGAGGGCCCCAUGCUGCUCACAAGUCAGCUCCUCCCUCCGACCCUCGCCGCAGUGGGGCUGGAGGAUAUGGUACCUGCCUGCCCUGUCCUCUCUAUCCCCAGAGGCAGGACUAGCCAGGAUCGGCUCUGACGGCUUGGGGGGCUGCCUACAUCCCGACGGGGGGUAACGACUGUGGGAUCAGAGGUGGGGAGGGCACUUUACGCUGCCUCCUGUAGGGGGCGCUGUCAGAGCCAUUGUAUGUGGCCCCGGCGGCACUUGGAGACGCGCCCCCCUGGCACGGUGCACGGGUGGGACCCCAGCCCUCUGCCGAGUCUGUCCUCUGGGCGACCCUGGGGACAGGCCGCCCCAUGCUGCUCCCCGGAGAGCCCCCGGCUUCCUGUGCCAUUCCUGGGAUGUCUCCGUGCUCUGCGGUGCCCACCAAUGGCCGCGGGCGGACUGGCGUAAAGGGCAAGUGACCAUGGAGACACCCCAGCAGGGGCACUUGGGGGCGGCGGAAUCGGCGCCACCUGCAGGGCAAGAAGAACCCAAGCGCCUGCUUCAGCCCCAUGCACACAGCCCGCCCCAUGGGGCUCGGCAUCUUGGCAUGAUGGGUGCGGCGCCCCUGCGGCCGGGCUGCGACGAACACUGGGGUGUGGGAGGGUCUGGACCAAAACUGAGGGACCCAGACAGACCCUGUGGUUCUUUCGGCCCUCUAGCUCCCUCCCCACAGCUACAGAUGGGGCUGCUGAGAACACGCUGCCCCCCUGGCCUCCCCAGCGCCACGGGGCCCGGCCCCAGGAGCUAAUCUGGGCCCAGCCGGGGUUCAGGGGUGCUUGCCCUGGGUGGUUUAAUGGAGGUAAAACUCCUCUGGUCCUGGGAUGGGGAGCGGGUCUCUGACGGUCUCCAAAUACUUUGAGAGGGUUCGAGUUCACCAAAGGUUUUUUUCCUGGUUGUUUAAAGCCAUGGGGCUUCCCCCUCCCCCACCUCAGUGUAAUGCACAAGUAUUUUAAACCCUUGGGUUAGUGAAAGGGGCAGCCCCAGCCCCCCACAGCCAAGCCCCACCCCGUGUGCCUGUGCCGUCGGGAGCAGGGAUUGAACUGGGGACCUGCAGAGCUAACAGGCCGAGUGUGAACCGAAAGGCGAAGGCCCCUGAGCAGCAUCAGGCACUGCACGGCCGGGCCCAGCAGCUGGGGGUGGGUGACACCUGCUGGGUUACACAGCUGGGCUGGGUUCAAGUCUUCCCCUGGGGUUUCUCUCCUUGGCAGAGUACAAACAGGCUUAGCCCCAGUGGGACCCCAGCAGGUUUGAACCUGGGCCCAGGGCAUUCUCCCAGCCCCGGUGCACUAUGACCAGAUCAUUGCAGCCCCGGGUCCCACUUUCCUCUGUGCCCAUGCAGGGUGCUGGCAUUGGCAGAGCAGCUGGGGUUGAAGCCCGAGGGCUGUUCCUGCCCAGAAAUGGCCUUAUUCCCGUUGGGGUAGGGGCCCGUUGGCAGGCCCAACACUCACCGGGGGUGAAGUUUUUGUAAGGGGGGGAAGUUGGUCCAUUUGUCUAAUUCCUUAACAGAACAACGGUUCGGUGACCCUGGGAUGCUGGGUCACGGUUCCCCCAAGGUGGCCCCACCCUGCUCCCCUCGGAGUCGGUGGCAAACCUCUCCCCCAUCUGGUCAUUGGCAAAGAGGCUGGUUCAUCCCCACGGGACGCUGAUGCUGCAGGUCUGCACAGGAGGGCAACUCGUGGCUCCACCGAGGGACCAACCGGAGCCUUGCUAUUGACACCCCCACACCCCCCGGGCUUUGGAUCAGGCUCUGUGUGCUCUUCGCCCCACAUCCAAUAUUUUGGGGAGGGCCCCUCCAGAGCAGACCCCGUCCCCGACAGCGGGAGGUAGGGUGACCAGACCGCAAGUGUGAAAAAUUGGGACGGGGGUGGAGAGUAAUAGGAGCCUGUAUGAGAAAAAAAACCCAAAAUUGGGACUGUCCCUAUAAAAUCGAGACAUCCGGUCACCCUAACGGGAGAGCACAUGUGGCCUGGAGGCGUGGCUGGGCUUGGCGUCAGGCCGGGUGGAUCCUCCCGCAGCGUGAUGUCCAUGGAAGGGCGCCGGGGACGGAUUUGGAUCCUGGUCCCUGGUGGUGGGUACCGGGAAUCAGACCAAGAUACUCCAGGCCUAGUCUGGCCUGGUGUGGAAUGCUGCUGCCCCCUGGUGGCAAUAUUUAUAACGUUUGUAUGUAUGGUUUAGUUCUCUGUUUUGCUGCCCCUCCGUGGGCCACUCUCAUGGCAAGAAAGACCUAGAGUGGUGGGGUCUAAAGCAAUGAGCGUCGGCCUAACCCGGCUCCGAGGUAAAACCCCUGCAGGGGUGGAGUUAGGGCUCCAAGAGAGUCCUGCUCGGUACGCAGGUAAUGCUCCCUAUCUGCCUGGCCAGCGGGACGAGGGGCAGAGGCUGGGCCCUAGGGGAGCUGAGAGAGACGGGAAAGUGGAGGAGUGGGGAUGGGGCUUUUCCACGCUGGGUUUGCUGCGUUGGCUCAGACCCCUGGCCCGUCUCAUCUGGUCUCCUCACCCCCUGUGAGAUUGGACCAGACCACGGGUUCGUCUAGGCCCCAAUCCAAAGCCCACCAAAGUCAAUGGGCGUCUUUCCAUUGACUUCUGGGACUAUUGGCACAGACUCCAUGUCCCGCAUCCCACUUCCACCAAUGGCCAAUACCUGAUCCUUCAGCUAAAGGCAAGCCCUGGUGCUAGUAGCUGGCUUUGCCAUGCCCCCGGCCCCCUGCCGUCUGGCGCCCCAAAGUUCUUACCUUCAAACUGGCUUGGGAAAGGAAAGGAAAUCAGGUUUUAAAAAAAUCCCAAAGGUGCAAUUUGGAGUCCUGUCUCCAAAGCCACCAGCGGCAGAGAAGCACAGACAAACAGGCUGGCUGCCAGCAUCCAUCUCCCUGAGCCCGGGUUUUCCGGGUUUGGCGGGGAAGGAAAUACCCAUCUCCCGAGAGCAACGCUGGGCACUAGCCCAGGUCGAUUUCAGAGGGGCAGGGAUGGCUUGAUUGUGUUGCAUUUUUUAUUCCGAGGGGUUUGUGGGUAGUCUCUGGAGUUAGCGGAGGGGAUUCCAUGUUCUGUAAAUGUGUGUGUAUAUAGAGCCCCCUAUCUAUGUGUAUAUAGAUGUAUAUGCGCGUUCUUUUUUGUUAUAUGCACUGCUGGUUUCGUAAAUAAAUUCCCCAUUUGGCAGCCUGGGA